CCUUUUCUUCUUCUUUUACCAUCAUUUGUUCUUCAUUUUCUUCUUCUCACUCAAUUUUUCUACACAAUAAGAAUAUAUUUAGUCUCAAUUUCUUCACCCCCAAACUCCCUGUCAUUCUCUCCCUGCAAGAAUUAUAUUUAUCUAGAUCUCUUAAUAAAAGUACAGAUCGGUGUGGCUUGUGUGUUUUUCAAUUCCUUUGCACAAGAUCAAACAAUGUCAUUCAUGGAGGAAUGCUUUUCCGAUGGGCAUCAAUUGGUCUUAUUAGAGGCAAGUAAUAAGAAUGCCAAAUGUCGUAUAUGCCAUGGUUACAUUUGCGAAGCUUCUUUCUAUUAUUGUGAAUUGUGCAAAUACUAUUGUGUCCAUAAAACAUGCUACCAAUUCAAUCAUCACUUUCAUCCUUCCCACCCACUUACAUUAAGUUGGAAAAGAAAUCAGACAUUUAUAUGCAAUUCUUGUCACAAAUUGCAUGAGACUAAUGCUUGUUACACUUGUGCUCAAUGUGAUUUCUAUAUGGACAUCCAAUGUGCAAGAAUGCCCCCUAUAACUUGUGAUGAUUUUGAUCAUCCAAAUCGAGAGCACAUACAACAUUUUACACAUCAACAUCCAAUGCCACUUAUUUCAACUACAAAGGAUGGUGUAGAAAAAAUCGAAUGUUGUGCAUGUCGUUCGAUGUGCUCGGGUGAAGUUUAUGGUUGCAAAUAUUGUGAGUAUUUCUUGCAUGUAACAUGCGCAAAAUCGCCACGAGAAAUCCAAAGUCAUUCUUUUCAUAAAAACCACCCUUUAUUCCUUCAUAUUGCUAGUCGUGCAUUUUCUUCUUGCAAGUUAUGCUACAAGGCUAACCUUGUCUUCACCUUCGAAUGUCGUCAAUGUAGCUUUCAUUUUUGUUUGAAUUGCGUUACUACAAUGUCACACACCAUAAAUUUUAAAUAUCAUGAGCACCCUCUUUAUUUUCUUGAGAAAAUAAACACUAAACUUGGCCAGUGUGAUGGAUAUGAAUCCUACUGUAAAAACCCUAUUCUCAUUGACUCUGAAGAAUUCAAUUCUACCAACUCAUCCGUGUUUUCUUGUGCGGAAUGCAAUUUCAAAGUUCACUUGCUAUGCGGCUUGUUGCCUGAUACUAUUAAAUAUGAAUAUCACAUACAUCCCCUUCUUUUUUCUGAUUCGGUUAUUGAAAAUUACUUCGGAGAAUACUCUUGUGAUAUUUGUGAGAGCAACAGAGAUCCGCGACUUUGUGUAUAUUUUUGUGAAGAUUGUAAGUUCGUCGCCCACGUGCAUUGUUUAGCUUCCAAGAUUAUAAAUAUACUCAAGGGUGACCUCAAAGAUGUGAAGUUGAAGAUUGUUGGGGAAAAUAUUUGGAAAUUUCCCCAAGUAAUAUGUAAUAAUGCAAGAGUGGAAGAGAUAGAGAAUAAUGGAACAUCAUCACUUUUGACCUUAAAAGAUUUAAUACUUAGAUUAACCGAAGGUGAGCUACGAGGGCUUAAAGAAUGCUUUUACUGGGAUGAACAUAAUAAAGGAGAAGAAGAAAUGAGUAAUAAAAUGAUUACACACCUUGAGUCUGAAGAUGAAAAAAUUGAUGAAGCAUUAGGAUUGUCUAGUCUUACAGAAACCAAGUUCAUGUCAUCUAUUUUCAAUGAGUUUUAUUCCACUUUCAAGAAUAGGAAGUUGAAAAUAAAAUCUAGUGAUCUAGCAUUGAAAAUAGUUGAUUUUGAAGGUUACUUCAUCCCUUUACACUUGGUCUCUAUCUUGAAACCUCUGCUUCACAUAUAUGGAGAUAUUAGCAUGGAUUCACUUGAUUCCCAAGAAUGGAAGAGCAUUUGCUUUUUCUUUAUAUGUAAAGUCAUGAAACAGAUGCACACUACUUUGGUGAUAGACAUCACAAAAGAUGUUCUUCGAGAUUGGUAUCACUGCAUAAAAUUUGUGGACUAUUAUGUUGACUUUGACUUGGAGUUUCUCAAGGCAUCUCUAGAGGAGGUCAUGAGAGAUUUCUUCUAUCUCCAAGUAAGUAAACUACUUGAAGUUGACAUCCCAACAAUGAUGAAGGAAAAGAUGGCAGAGUUACAGAAGAAGAUGAAUGAGCAGAUGGCUGAGUACAGAAAUAAACUUGAGACAAGCAAAACAUUUUGUGAGACUACUUCGAAGAUGGAGUUCAUGAAAAAAGGCAUGGAUAAGAUGAUGAAACUCAAGUGGAAGACUGCAGGCCAAGUGGGUUGUGAUACCUCAUCUUCCCAUUACUUCUUUUAGAUUUGUUAACAAAAUUGUAUUAUUAGUUAUGUAACCUUUUGAAAAACAUAUAAAUAUUUAUUAAUUAAGCUUUUAAU